AUGCCCAAUGGUUCUCUGUAUGGUUCGAAUCUAGCGGCACAAAUGUUCCACCAAGGCAUGCAACAAAACACUCGUGGUAUAUUGCAGAGCCCCCUUCUCCUCGAAUUUCAUGCCAACAAGACGCGCAACUGGGAAUUAAGGGAUAUCAUGAAUCAUGUUGUCGAAUUUAGUGGCGACCAGCACGGCUCACGACUCAUUCAACAUAAACUGGAGUCUGCUUCCAGCGAGGAGAAGCAAAAGGUUUUCGAAGAGAUUGUUCCCAACAACGUUUUACAACUAAUCCAAGAUAUAUUCGGUAACUAUGUAAUACAAAAAUUAUUUGAACAUGGAACACAGGUCCAAAAGAGUCGACUUGCGGCGGCAAUGGAAGGACAUAUAUUACCGUUGUCGAAGCAAAUGUAUGGAUGUCGAGUGGUACAAAAGGCGAUAGAAUACAUCCUUCCCGAACAGCAGGUCAUGAUAGUUCAUGAAUUGGAGCCGCAUAUCAUGGAGUGCAUUCACGAUGCCAAUGGAAACCAUGUCAUUCAGAAGAUUAUUGAACGUGUGUCUCCGGAUCGGCUCGGAUUUGUGUAUGGUUUCAGAGGAAACGUACAAUCACUCGCUACGCAUACAUUUGGAUGCCGAGUUCUUCAACGCGCUUUGGAGUAUCUACCAGAGGUCAUAACUGCUCCAUUGAUAGAAGAAUUGCAUGCAAGCACUCUCCUCCUUAUGCAGAACCAGUUUGGUAACUACGUUAUCCAGUUUGUGAUUGAACAUGCGAAGCCGCAAGACAGUGCUAUUGUCGUGAGCAAAUUACGCGGACGACUCCUUGUCAUGGCUCGACACAAGUUCGCCUCGAACGUCUGCGAGAAGGCUUUGACAUUCGCCCAUCCAGAGACUCGUCGCCAACUUAUUGACGAGAUACUAUCCCCGAGGCCCGAGGGCGCUGUUGUCCUCUCGAUGAUGAAGGACCAAUAUGCUAACUAUGUCUUGCAAAGUGCAGUCCGUAUCGCAGACGCAGACCAGCGAGAAAGUCUUAUCAAUCAAAUUCGUCCUCAACUUGCCGUCCUUCUUCGAAUCUCGAAUGGUUAUAGCAAACAUCUCGUUUCCAGUGAGCAUUUCAUUCUGAAUAUACGACACGAGGUCCCGAGUUCUAAUAGCUACUACCUUGAAGUUGAACGAUGUCUUCAAGACUUUUCUCCACCUCAAUCCGCUGCUACUAUUGCUUAA